UUUCUUCUUUGUUCGCAGCGUAAGCGUCUGGCGUCUCAUUAUCUGAACAGUUCACUCUUCCUGUCGGCACGAGACUCUGAGGAUCUCUGCUGGAAGGAGGACGUGGAGCAUGACGACCACUGUGCCGUCUGUAGGGAGGACGGAGAGCUGCAGCCCUGCCACAACUGCCCCAGAGCCUUCCACCCAAACUGCCUCCACCCGCCACUCAAAACCCCCCCCAGAGGAGCCUGGUACUGCCCCAAGUGCCAGAAGAAGGUUCUGAACAAAGAAAACAUGUCGUGGCCGCAGAACUUUGUUCAGUCCUACGUCACACACAAGACGGUGAGGCAGGAGGAGAAGCGACGGCUGCUGAGACGAAACACCGAGCUGAAGAAAGAGUGCUCUCACCUGGAGGAACAAGACGAGAAGCUCAACGACACGCUCAAACAGUGCAUGGACCUGAGGGAGCGUCUGUUGGGGCAGCAGAGAGACACUCAGGCGUCACUGGAACGCCUCAAAGCUCUGAUCCGGUUGAUCCAACGCGACCAGCUCAUCCAGGUCACCAUGACCACCACCGCCACCAUCGCCGCCGCCGCCUCCUCCCUGCUCUCUCAGUCCUGGAUCAAACCCACCAGCACCGUCACCGCCGCCCCCCCCAUCGCCGCCACCGCCGCGCCCCCUAUCGCCGCCACCGCCGCGCCCCCCAUCGCCGCCACCGCCCCCGUCAUCGCUGCCGUCCCGGGCCCCUCGGCCACGCCCCUCCAGCAGAAGAGCCACGCCCACAGCCAGGAUGACGUCAACAACUAGACGCGGACCUUUUUUCCACGCGGACCUUUUAAGGGCAGUGAUGAGUUCCUUCUUUUGUCUGAAUAAUAUCUGAAACCGUCUUUUCUUUCCUCCGAAGGAGCUGAAAGAAAAGACACAAAAAAACUUGAGAAAAAAAGAAGCGUCUUCACUCCCA